UGAAACCCCCACGUAGAGCCUGGUGAGCCACAGGGGGCAGACGUGCAGAGACCGGAACGCAGGCGUGUAUCCUUCGAGCACCCAAACCCAAUUAAGGUUCCUCCAGCCCACAGAGUCUGGGAACUGUGGAUCAAAGAAUCAUGAAGCCUGGGAAUGGCAAACCGGCUCUUCGGGGAGCCGUGAUGUCCGGAGAAGCAGACGGUGGGCGCUGGAGGCCUGGCCCAGUGUGUUGGGGAAUCUAUUCCAGGGGACCGGGGAAGCUGAUCGGGAACAGUAGAAUUGCAAAGAUUGCGCGCUAUUGGCGAGGGAGGAGCGCGGGGCGAGCGCAAAAGGAGGCGAAGACUCAACAGUCGCCUUGCAGUGGAAAGGAAACCUUGGGGCUCCCGCCAGCACACAAAUUCCGAGGUUUGGGAUUCUGGAAAGCGUUUGCCAGCGCACUGAAGGCAGAGCUGGCGGAAGGGUCCACUGGGGAUCAGGGGCGACAACCAGAUCACUGGGGCGGGGGGAGGAAGGGGAGCUGCGGGGGAAGAUGGGACGAGAUGUCUCUUCCCGGAUACACACACACACACACACACACACACACACACACACAUCGGAUCCCACGCUGCUUGCACCUGCCCCCACGCGCGCUGGGCACACAGCCUCCUGCUGCGGCGAUCACUCACCUUCGGCGCGAGAGCGGAUCUCGGACACGGUCCUCCGCAUGGUGGGCAUCUCGACGGCCCCUGCAGGCCACUAGGAUGCUGAGUUCAGUCGAAGAUGAUGAGGUACGUGGAAGUGAAAAAGCAGUGGAAGACAAGCCCUCAGCGAACUACCAAUAGAUGUUCGGUUACCAGUGCCCAGCGCCUGUGGCCACCCAGCAAAUGCUGAACCCCUGGGAUCUGUCCAACGGCGACUACAGCAACACCAUGAUGCAAUCUCUGUGGAAGCAAGUGGAAAGAAGUUGAAAAAUCUCUUUACAUCAACAUGCGUCUUGGCAGCACCCUCUGCGAUUGUUUAGGAAAGUACUUGUUUAGGCUGCUCCCUGAUUGUGUCACAGGGUUGCCUGAGUUUCCUAUGCUGUUUUUUUUUUUGGAAGACAGGUCAAGAUAACAUUUAGACCCAGAGCUCAAUUUAGUACAAUGUGAUCCGUGCUGAUACUCUCCUAUGCAGCAGUAAAUGGGCAGCUUCCACCCUUGGCUCUUUUGAGGGUUUUGUUACUCAUCCUGUCACAUCUAUCUUUUGUUAUUGCUUUGUGUUAUUGCUUACUCUGUCUAACCCUUUCAUUGCUCUUAAACAGCAGCAUUGUGUCUUAAGUUUGGCUCAGAGCCACAUCGUAUGUGCUUACAUGACAACCCAUCAUUAUCUUGUUGCCCAGUGGGGUUUUCUGCCGUGUGUUUCAUAAACUUCAGGUUUGUUCAGGGAUCACAAGACAUUUCUGGGUAUUUUUAGGGAAAAAGCAAGGAAAUGGAAACUUUGGAUUGUGUUUGCUCUCUAGAGAAUUACAAGGCCAACAGAUGGGAUAUUUGCUGUCAAGGUCUGGUUUGAGAAUUAGUUUUAUAGUAGGAAACUAACAGCAUAAGAUCAUGGCUCAGAGUAAACGCAUUUGGCAACCUGAUAAUGGUAUGGCUUCCAGGGAGCUGAAGUCUAAGCCUGAGUAGACCACCACUGGGCAGUACCAAGAGGGGAAGGCAUAUGAUUGUUGUGUUUCCUUUGGAGAUCAUCGCAUAUGAACAGAGGGGCUCUCAUAACAUACUUGUGCUAGAGAACUGAGAUGUUCCAGGAGAACAUACCUAAAAAACGAUAUGCAAUUGCUAAAUUGCCUCUGGAAAGGGCACAGAGAACCCCAGGGAUUUUGCCUUGCUGAUGCAAGUUUGGACCAUUUGGGACUAUGGUAGAAAGAGCAUGAACCACCUUUGGUCUUUCUGUCUCUCCUACAAGCGCUUCCAAAUUCAGUGUUUCCUUCCCUCAUAGCAUAAGAUACUAUUUGAAUUACAUGGAGCACCAAUAACUUAUAGCCCACUUGGUAUAUAAACUUUAGUGCCAUGAGUCAGUAAAAUAUUGGAGGAAGUCAUAUAUUGUACAAUAAGGAAACAAGUGAUUUGUACAGAGACUUUAGCAUAAAAAUUGUUAUGAAGUUGUUAACUAGGUAGCAGAGAGGGUCCCGAGAGAGUUCGAAGGUAAGGUAUCAUGGAUAGAGCAAUCACAGAAAUCAGUUAAGUCUGAGGGAAGGAGGGAAGAGGUUGGACUUACUAGAGCUUCAUGUCUUAGAAGAUGCACCUGUAGGUCCAUAAUUUUAUGGAAGGGGGUCUAGUUAGGUGGUCCUGGAAUCUCAGUUCAAAGGAGAUAGCGUGUUGUAGACUGGAGACUUGAUCUCUGCCCAUGGUUCCUAUAUUAAAGGCCGGUGUCUAAUAUGUAGGUAUUUGGAGAUGGUGUCGUUGGGAAUUAAUGAUCCUUUGAGGAUUCUUGGACCAGAGUCUUUGUAAAACAGACUAGAGUGAGUCCCCUCACUCCUUCCCGUGUGCAGGGAGGUUACUGUCUAUGAGCCAGAUGUAUUUCCUAACUAGACAUUAAAUCCACGAGAGCCUUGAUCUUGGAUGUCCCGGUUUUCAGACAACUUCUGUUGGUUAGGCCGCCUCACCUGCGGCAGUUUGUUACAGUAUGCAGAGUGGAGGAAGGCCUGGCUGAUGUUGAGGUCUCUGAAGAUGGGAAGAGGUUUGGUCAGGCUAUUUUUGUUCCCAAGGGCUGAAAAAGCCUGUCGGAUGGACCAGCUGCAGCUACAAGAACGUACCGCUGCUGCAACGGAAGGAUUAUCACCUACUAACCGGGGCAUCAAUACCGUGACACACAGAACAAGCUCAGGGUCUCAGGCAAAUACUUUACAGAAUCUCUGUCCACAUCUGAAGGGACAAAACUCCUUAAACUAUGACCCAUCUCUGCUCUCAAAAAAAGGUGGAAAAAGAUCAUCCACCCUAGAGGAUAAUGUGGUGAGCAGUUCAUCCCUUAAUUCUGCGGGUCUCAUGUGGAAAUAGAGGAGCGUUCAGUCCCGCAGGACACUCUUCACCUUGUUAAUCAGCUACUCUUUGGCUGUUCAAUCAUGUCAGCUUAAAAAAAAUCACAAAUAAAUGUAUU